UUCAGUUUGAUCAUGAAUUUAAGUCUAUUGGGUUUUUCACUACCUGAAUUUGGACUGAUUGAAAGGUACAUUACUAUGAAGUUGUAACGGGGAUGUGAGAUUGAAUCUAAGCCCUUUUUUGAGGAUUUGGGUAUUUAGAGGUGGAAUAGAAACCAUCACAUGCCUCCUGUUGCGAAGCUGAAGGGAGAAAUGAUACCAUAUAUUUCUAUAAUCCUACUGGUAUUUGAUAAUCAGUUCAGUUCAGUCCAAGAUCAUAAUACUUGGCAGACAAGUGAAGGUCCUGAAGGAUCGGCUAUUGUUUGUUCUUUCUCCUUUCAGACUGGUUACUGGCUGUUAGAGAAUUUUCAGGAUGAGUUAGAGAUUACUUCAAAGGUUUUAGGACGAAAAGGAAGUUAUUCAGGAAUAAUUGUUCUUGUCAGAAACAAAGUAACAGCGGAGUUAAUUGCUGAAGGUUGCCAUUCAUUGUUUGGCAAAAAUGCUAGCAAACUCUAGUUCCAUUCCAAGUUUCUGUAAGAAAAUCCUUCUAGGGCACCGGUGGAUGUUGUUGUUACAAGUACUAUCUAUUGAAUUGCUUUCAUGUAAGUAUAUUAUGUGAUUUUGGACCUAAUAAAGAUUCUGCAUUGUGGCAAAUAUUGUACAAGUUCCAAAACUUCUGGCAUAAUUUUUCUUUCAUUAUUGGUCUACCGUUUGCGGAUAGUCAGAAUGUUAAGCUCAAGUUGGCAAAUGAAAUAGAGGGGCAAAACUAAAAUUGUGUUUCCAUUAUUGCUUCAAAGAGCAAUAGGAGACACAUGAGCUAUGGCAUUGUGUCAUCCAUCUUUCUUACCCUGUU